AACGAAAUAUUUUCUGCAUCUUUUUCCAGAAUUCAGUCAGGUGUUUGAACUUGAUGAUGAUUCUCUGGGUAACAAGGUAUACCUUACGAAUGGUUAUACUCAAAUACCGUGUGACGUAGUACCAUACCGUAGCAACCCCAGUCGACUCGUCUGCGUGACCAGGCCUGGUGAGGUAGGCUUGUUUGAAGUGAUUGUGGAGGUGGAUGGAACACAGAUACCAGAAUGUACCGGAAGAACUCGUUAUUGCCAGUUUGAAUAUAGAAAUGGCAACAAUCACGAGAAAUUGACGCAGAUUACCUCAUAUGCAGGACCGGUUGGCUCAAGCACAACUACCUUAGGGAGGUAUUACACUAACGUAUACGAAAACGCUGCCAGUUCUCUGUCUGACGUCACCAACGCUUUAUACAUAGUCCAAAUAACCUGGGGACCUUACAAAUGUAAUCCUAUCGAUGGCACAACAGGAGAACCAAUACGCUUGGAAUACCAGUACGAGGAUACUGUUGCUUGGGUUUAUGUUGCCUGCUCUCCAGAGACGAAUGUGCCGGGAUCUUAUCCGUUGGUGGUGCAGAUUUCUCAUGAUCAUGGUAAUGCAUAUGCUCCUAGUGACACAUAUAUGGUGGAUGGGCAGGGCAAGCGAUAUCACUACCAACAAUACGCAGUGGUCACAAGUAUUUCACCACAGAGUGGGAGUCUAGAGGGGGGUACUCUUGUGACCGUCAAGGGCGAUGGUUUCCUUCUCGUCAAUGAUGUCCUCGUGGGAGGUGAACCCUGUGACAUUGUGACUCAAGAGCCACAGAAGAUCACAUGUUCUACAAGCCCAGCUCCUGAGAAUUCGGAUCUCUACCCCGGUGGCAGAGGCCUUUUGUUGGAGUGGUGGGCUGAUCAAACAUCUAAUCAAGGUCUGGAUGACUUUCAUUGGAACACCAGUGAUUCUGUCUACGUUCGUGGAGGAAUAAUAGAUGCAGCAUUUACCGAUGAGGAACCCAAUGAUAACCAGUUUGCUUCACGUCUCUCUGGGUACUUUGCGCCUCCUCAAACUGGAGAUUACACUUUCUAUGUGCGAGGAGAUGAUGUAGUUGAUUUGUGGCUUAGCAAUUCUUCCAACCCUGAGAAUGCGGUCAAGAUAGCGUACUCAGAGAGGAAAACAAACACAUUCUUUGUCAGCGAUAGUCAACGAUCUCAUAAGCUGACCUUGGAUCAGGAUCGACUGUACUACCUGGAGGCCCGUCAUUAUGAUUACAGUUCCGCUUCCAACAUAGAGUUGGGUGUAGGUCUGCACAAGACCACUUGGACGGAGAAGGAUGUGGCUCGAGCCAGUAAUGACGUGCAGUUGAUUGAGACUGUGGCUGAUUCUAACCCAGAAGUACAGAUUAUCAGGGUGUCUGGCCAAAAGGAAGUCCAGUUGAUAAAUAUUGACAUCUCAUCGUGUGAAACAGAAGAUUGCGUUCUCACAGGCUUCACAGUAGCAUAUGAUGGAGUCUCGGCAGAUUUCACCAACUUAAGUACGAGUCAAGAACUUGAGGAUGCUCUCAACAGCCUAUCAACCCUAGAGACAAACCAAGUCGUGGUCACUCUGGAUGAAGGUGAUACGUUUCUCAACUUCACAGUGUGUUUUACCCAGGAAGAGAGUGUGUCUGAAUUGAUUGCUCUGACAUACACCGGCGACAAAACCGUUUCCAUCACGGUGGAUGAAGUAUCUGAAGGGACAGCGGGAGUGGCACCGGAUGAAUUCACCAUCACUUAUGCCGGAAUUCAGUCUACCCCAUUAUCGUUCUCCUCUUCUGCUCAAGAGGUGGAGGAUGCUCUGGUAGACAUGACUGGGUUUCGCUGCUCCCCAGAACUGGACCCCGACUUCUAUUACUUUUUCCAGGACUAUGAAUCCGAUGAGUAUGACACCAGGGAAUAUGGUGAGCGUGUGAGGGGCCAGGAAGCGUAUUGUGGCAGAACAUCGCUCAAGAACCCACAAUAUAUCUUCAGAGAGAGCAGGACCCCUUCGUCCGAUGGGGAUACCAAGGGAAGAUUUGACAUCUCUAGCAAUAAAGAGUUGUGUUUUGGCAUCCGAGGUUCAGGAUUUCGAGGUAGAUUCCAGGUGCGAUAUGUCGUGCAUUCCAGGGAUCCGUCUGAUGACAGUGUCUCCUAUAUCAAUAAAUGGAUUGCCUUCUUCAAUGACGAGGAAGAGCCAUCAAACACAUGGGAACGGCGUUGCUUCAACCUCUAUGACAUUGCCAAUGAUGAUGAUGAUUAUGAUUUAAACAACUUUGUCUACGAGGCAUAUAGAAUACAAAUAGAUUAUGAUCCAGAAUAUGAGUGCUAUGUUGAUUAUGUAUCCAUCGGCCGUAAAACAAGUGGGAGCUCAGCUGAGAUUCAAAGGAACCCCAGUGCAAGGCCCAAUAACAUCUUCGUGAUAGACAUAGAUGUGGAUCUGAUCGAAGGGAACGCAGGCAAUGCAUAUCGCAUUACCAUGAUCGGCGAUCACUGCAGCUACGAUUUCCCUCUGUUUGAGAUCACCAGUGCUGAUGUGGUGACGGAGGAUGAUGAUAAGGUGGUCUAUGGAUCCAGUGGAUGGCCUGAGGGUAGCAACAUAGCGGUAGAACGAGAGCAGGCAGCCACACCUCCUGUUGCCGGGAGCUUUGACCUCCAAUUUGAUGGCAAAACAGCCACAGGAAUCGAUGCCAUGGUUACGGAGGAGAGGUUAAAGCAAUAUCUGGAGGUGGAGCUGAUAACCGGGUUUGUGAAAGUGACAAGGUUAGGUUUCUGCUCUGCAUACUCCUGGCAAGUAGAGUUUACUGGGAAUGGUGGCAGUCAACCUCUGAUUACUGUGCUAAGCCACACCCUCACCAAUGAGCAGUCUGGAGUGGAUCUUCAAGUCACAAAGCAGAUGGACGGACAUCUUUUCCUGAACCCCAUCCCUGGAGAGUUUCUGAGGACCCCUCACGACAAACCGCAGGUUCAAGUACGAGCUAAGAAGUUGCUAGCCUCCUGCAUUGGUGACUGUUCAUUUGAGUACACUAAUGAGGCCACGCCCACCUUGUCAUCAAUCACACCUACUGAAGGUUCAUCCACUGACAGCACAGCAAUCACCAUUACUGGCUCCAUGUUCAGUACCGAGUCGUCUGAGAAUACCAUCACUAUCAAUGGAGUUACCUGUGAGGUCAUGGCAUCAACCGAUACUGAAAUCACCUGUAAUGUAGGACAGUCACCUGCUGAGGAGUACGAGGUCAAAGUUCAGGUCCUUGGCCUAGGAUUGGCUUCAACCCCAAAUGGUGCUGUCAGUUUCAUCUAUACAUUUGAUUUGACAUCAGUCAGUCCCUCUGUAGGGAGUACUGCAGGUGGAACAGUUGUAACUAUCAAUGGACAUGGCUUCGGUGACAACAUGGAGGUCACAGUAGCAGGCAGAGUUUGUGAUAUCAUCUCUGUGUCUUAUGCUAUUAUUACAUGCAAAGUUCAGUCCAGCAGUGAAGGAAAUGAUACUUCAGUGAACGUGUUCAUACCAAAUGGUGAAUCUGCCAGUCUAGACAAUGUGUUCACACUGACAGAAAACAUCACACCAACCAUAUCAUCUAUCAGUCCAACUGUAUCAAGUGUAACAGGUGGUUCCGAUCUGACCAUCGUAGGAACCAAGUUUGGUGAUUCGGGUGCGAGCGUGGAUGUUGGAGGAAAGGAAUGCAAGAUUUCAUCUCAAAGUGACACCGAGAUUGUCUGCGUUCUGCCUAGUCAUACUUAUGGUGCUCAUAAUGCCUUUGUCAGCAUUGCUGGGGUUGGUUAUGCCAAGAAAGCGUCUGAGGAUGUGAACUUAGCAGUGAGCUAUGCUCUGGUUGUGACCGGUGUGUUUCCACAAUCGGGAUCCCUGUUCGGAGGUACAACGGUUACCAUCACCGGGGGAGGAUUUGGGACAUCUGCAGAUGACGUUGAGGUGUUGAUCGGAGACGAGGCCUGUGCGCUUAGCAUGGUAGCUGAUGACCUCAUGACCUGUGUGAGCCCACAAGUCAACUCUCAUCACACGAUUAGCCAUCUUGGAAAGCAUGAAACCUAUGGGAUCGGUUAUGCCUGGGAUCCCCCUAAGCUCGACAUAGCAGCAGGAGAUAUAGUUACAUGGACAGCAAUUAUACCCAUGUAUGUCAGUGGCAUCAAGUACUCUGUCCAUCAAACAUCCAGUGCAGCAGACACUUUGUAUGAUGGCUCCGGUUUCAACAGCGGACCAUUUGGCACUGCGGGUAAAUUCUCCUACAAGUUUGAUGCCCCAGGUACGUACUACUACUCCAGUGAUCCUGUCAACUAUGAGAAUCCAGAUGAUCCUAUCUACAUGACGGGUAUCAUUGUAGUCAGUUCCAGGACAUCCACCACGCUACCUAUCACAGUAACAGUUACUGGAUAUGAGGCUGAAAACGAUCUAGAUUCAGGUGUGGCUGAUCCUUCAUCAGGAGGAGUUUGUCCAGGAGAUACUACCGCCAUCGAAGGAUGCACCGAUGAUGGAGGAGAUACCAGCUCUGAGGACGUCUUCACAUUUACCUACUCCACCUGCCACACGCCAACCGUGAGCAUGAUCAGUCCCAACACCGGAACAGAAGGAGCUCUGCUUAACAUCACUGGAACGGGAUUGAGCAGCAUGUCCUGCCAAGUUGAGGUCUUGGUCGGGACCCAGUCAUGCAGUGUUGAUUCGGCAUCGUCCACUUUAGUCCAGUGUAAUGUAGAAGCCGGAGACGUCUUAGAGACGGGGGUCCUGCAGGGAGUGUCUGUUAACAUCAAGAACCUUGGAUUUGCGCAGAUCUUGCCGAAGGUCCCUGUGCAGCGCUCUUUUGUUCUUUUCUCUCAAGUGGAUACGGUGUCACUCCAGCAGGGAUCGAUUGCCGGUGGAACUGAGAUACUAUUCUCAGGAUCUGGUUUCUCGUCAGAGCCAGUGGUUACUAUGGGAGGUCUUGGAGGUGCACCUUGUACCAUACAGGAAUCUAGCUACACCUCUUUCAGUUGCAUUACAAGUCCUAAUCAAAAGGGUGCAUACCAGAUAGAGGUCCGUGUGGGCCAAUUUGAAAGCGAAUGGAACACACCUGAUCUCAUGAUCUUCAAUUACAAUGAUGAAAGCACACCUGUAGUGACAUCCUUUACCUCAGCCAAUGCCGUUGUUUAUGGGGCAAGCACUGUGAUCAAUUUCAAUGGUUCCUUUCUUAACACGAAUGAUACUGGUCUCAUUACAAUUGACAUCGGAGGCACUGAUUGCCUUGUCAACCAGACUAGUGAUGCCUCUGUUGUGUGUGAUGUCAGCUAUGUUCCUGUUGGUACCCAAACUAUUUCCUUCCACAUUGCUGGAUUUGGUAACGCUCAGUUUGAAUCUGGAAACACUGUAUGGAGUUCCAAGACACUAGACAGCAUUGACCCAUCCUCGGGAAGUUUGGAGGGUGGACAGACCGUCACCAUCGCUGGCAAUGGCUUCGUCGCGGAGGAAAUCCAGGUCUUGAUUGAUGAUAGUCCAUGUGAAAUCCAAUCACUCACACUGUCCCAGAUCAUAUGCAUUACACCACCCCGUGCAGAGGGAUCUGAAACAGUGACCGUCACAAGCGGUUUGCACACCUACACCACUCUCAUUUACAAAUACACGGCUGCUAUGACGCCCAUUGUGUCAUCGUUGUUGCCAUCAACCGGCCAAUCGGGCGACACCAUCACAAUAACGGGGACUGCUUUCUCUGAUGAAGCAUCUGAAGUGACAGUAAUCAUUGAUUUUGUGGAGUGUAACGUCACGUCUUCAUCGGUUACAUCCAUUGAGUGCACCACUGGUAGUCAUUCUGCUGGAACCUAUGACCUGGAAGUCCAUGUCAGUGGAAAGGGGAUUGCCACCAGCAGCGUGACAUUUGAGUACUCUCUUAAUCUGGAUUCUGUCACCCCUAAUGAAGGAAGUUUUGGAGGUGGGCUCACAUUAACAAUCGGUGGCUCAGGUUUUGAUGAGACGACUACGGAAGUUUAUGUCUGUGAUAAUCUGUGUCUCAACACGUUGGCCACCUCAUCAUCCAUCAUGUGUGAGGUUCCACCAAACUUUGAUGAAGCUGAUGAAUUGGUGUGCGAUGUCAGGAUCAGUCUUGCGAGCGGGUCACAGGACAAUUCCACGGGUGCAUUCACCUACAAGAGGUCAUUGACCCCAACCAUCACUUCUGUAGAGCCCCAGAGGGGAGGAACGGCAGGAGGUACAACAGUCACCAUCGAUGGAACCGGCUUCCUUUCAUCAGGUAACCAUCAGGUCACCAUAGGAGGGACAGAAUGCAUCAUCGAUACAGAGUCAGAGACCCAGAUCGUCUGCGUGACAGAGUCUCAUCAGAACGAGAUGACAGAGGUCAAAGUUGAAGUAGGGUCACAAGGAGCAGCCCUUGCACAACAGGGAGUAGCAGACUACUUCUACAUAGAUGUCUGGUCCUCAAGGUUUACAUGGGGUGGAGAUGACCCCCCUGGUGCAGGCACAUUUGUUACCAUCUCGGCGGGGCAGACCAUCCUGCUGGAUACGGAUACACCUGUCCUCAAGAUCUUACUCAUCGAUGGGGGCUCGCUGAUCUUUGAUGAAAAGGACGUUGAGUUGAAAGCAGAGUAUAUUAUCGUCACCAACGGAGGCCACCUUAGCGUAGGAACCGAAGAGGAGCCGUUCCAACACAAGGGCAUCAUCACACUCUAUGGCAACGUCCGGUCUACAGAACUGCCAUUUUAUGGCGCUAAAGUCCUGGCUGUUCGUAAUGGCACUCUUGACCUGCAUGGUCAACCUGUACCCAUCAUGUGGACACACCUCUCAGAGACCAUUGAUCCUGAGGAUACUGACAUCUCCCUUAUGCGACCUGUCACAUGGAACGUGGGUGACCAGAUAGUGAUUGCAACCACAGGAGGGCGCCUUGACAUCGACCAGAAUGAGGUCGUUACUAUUACAGCUGUUUCUGACGACAAUAUGACCCUGACCGUCGAUCCUCCCAUCGAAUACCAGCACAUCUCUAUCGUUCAGGACAUAGCGGGUGUAAUUCUAGAGACAAGGGCCGAGGUUGGUCUCUUGACUCACAACGUGGUAGUGAGAGGCAAUGUCAACGAGGAUUGGACAGAGGAGAUUGAAGCUUGUGAGGCACCUUUCGAUACUGGUAUGUUUGAUACACAGACUUGUUUCCUUGGUCGUUUCGGGGAAGAGACAGCAAGCGAUCAAUUUGGCGGUCACAUCAUGAUAUUUGCCAGGGAGAUGGACGCCAACCUUGUCCACGGAUACCUGGAGUACGUAGAAUUGACUCAUGUGGGACAAGCUUUCCGACUUGGACGAUACCCGAUUCAUUACCACAUGAAUGGCGAUGUCUCAGGGUCAUACGUUCGUGGCUGCAGCGUCCAUCACACAUUCAACAGAGCAGUAACGAUCCAUGGUGUACAUAACCUCUUGGUAGAGCAUAACGUGGCCUACAACAUCAUGGGCCAUGCUUACUUCAUGGAGGAUGGCAUAGAAACCAAUAACACCAUCCAGUAUAACCUGGCUGUCUUUGUCCGUUCGAGUAACAGCCUUCUCAAUGUGGAUGUCACUCCCGCAAGCUUCUGGGUGACCAAUCCCGACAACUACGUCCGCCACAAUGCCGCGGCUGGCGGAAGCCACUUUGGCUUUUGGUACAACAUGCCUGAGCAUCCGGGAGGCCCUUCGUUCACCACAGAGGUGUGCCCUAGACAUGUGCCACUCGGGGAGUUCAACAACAACACAGCUCACUCUUUUGGGUGGUAUGGACUUUGGGUGUUUCCUAAAUACCAUCCAAAGGUGACGGGAGGAUGCAAUGAUUUCGAAUCUACACCUGCUGUCUUUGCCAAUUUGACCGUUUGGAAUACAGAAAGAGGAGCUGAAGUUGUUGAUUGUGGAGCUGUUCAACUGCAUAACUUUGUCACCUCAGACACUGAACAGUCAGGAUUGGAAUACCAAAAGGUAACGAGUAUACAGUGGCUGGGUGAUGACGGGGCAGAAGGGGCCCUCAUCAAAGAUAGCGUUGUCAUCGGGAGGAGUGAUGGAAUAUCAGGGACAGGUGAAAAUGCUUCCUGUACCAUAGGUGGUUUUGUGUCUCCACAGAGCCAUUUCGUGACCCUGGAUGGUGUCAAGUUCAUCAACUUUGACCGGGACACCUGUGCCACCUUAAGAGCAUGCAGCAAGUGCAGAUUUGAGCAAGGAGGUUUCACGACAAGGUUCCGAAACAUGGAGUUUGCUAAUGCUGAUAACAAAGUAGGUUUCCAGUGGCUGUAUGAGGCAGUGUUUGAAGAUAUGGAUGGCAGCUUGUCAGGCACAGAUGGGGCUACUAGCAUAACACCAGUCAACGACAACCUCCCUGAUGAUCACUGUACGAAGGAUGAUUCAGCAUAUAACUUUGGUUCUGUGCCUGGUGCCGUGUGUGAUUCUAGCAUUGCGCUCCACCGCUUUUCAUUCAACCAUGCUGUCCCCGAAUCACUUCUCUACGAGGAUGCCAUCUUCACCAACGCUCAUGGAGCUACUCCCGUCAACUACCACAAGAAGAGGAUCACUCAUCCGAAGGGUUGGAUGGUGACGCUCAUAGAUGGAGAGACCUACAUCAUGUCAUUCCUAACUAACGAGCAGCUCACAAACAUUUCAUACACCGGACGUUUUGAUGACUUUGAGGAUGGAGAUUAUGUAUUGAUCUCUCAUAAUCUGACCCAGAAAGUGGACAAGGUUUCAGUGAUAGGAGAGAUCAGGAAUUCUACAGAGACCUUAGUGACGUAUGAAGACAACGAGAAUGGGGAUUACUACAUAGAUAGUUUGACAAAUGAUUUGACGUAUAUGAUAUCUGGGAAGGGGCUUGAUACGCCAGUAAACAUCGAGGUGGACCUGGAUGUGUAUCGUUGUUACUUUGAUGAUUGCAUCCCGCCGGUGCCUGAAGCGCCUCCUACUGGUCGACCGGAGGACCUUCUUUAUUGGUCUAACCCAGAUGCAUGGGCCAACGUGACUGAGGGAUGGGGUGGAUAUGGAGGAGGAGUGCCUCAGGAUGGUGAUGAUGUGCAGAUCUUACCAGGACUAUACAUCAUUGCGAAUGACAGCCUCCCCGUCAUGAACAAGCUCUUCAUCUAUGGAACCUUGGAGCUGGCCGAUGUCAGGGACUUUACUCUGAGAGCCACCUACAUCCUCAUACAGGGUGGUCAUCUGGUCAUCGGUGAGAGUGAAGCAAUGCCCUUCAUCCACAAUGUCCACAUCAUUCUGGAAGGCAAUCAUAACACACCAGACCUACCACUGACUAGUGAUCUCAAUCUUGGCUCAAAGGCACUUGGUAAGUCAUUCUGGAGGGCAAUCAUAAUCAUUCUGGAGGGCAAUCAUAACACACCAGACCUACCACUGACUAGUGAUCUCAAUCUUGGCUCAAAGGCACUAGGUGUAUUUGGAGUCCUGGAUCUUCAUGGUAAAGCUCCUGAGGUCACCUGGACGCGUCUUGCGAUGACCGUCAGUCCCGGAGACAACUCCAUCUCGUUAGAGAAGGACACAAACUGGAAAGUUGGAGACGAAAUCGCCGUGGCAACCACAGAUUACGAGACCUGGCACACGGAGACCUUUGCUAUCCAGGAGGUCACCGAUGCAAGGACGUUUGUCCUUAAUGCCACAUUUCAGCAUCUACACACAGCUGCAACUGAACAUGAGAAUACCCAAAAUCAGUACAGAAUUGCAGCUGAAGUUGGACUCUUCACGAGGAACAUCGUCAUCGAGGGUGCAAGCUAUGAUGGCAUAUUUACAGAGUUGUUUGGUGCUAGGGUGUUGGUUGGAAGUUUUUAUCAAGAUCAGGAUUUCUUUCAAGGGAGAGCCUACAUCUCCAAUGUUCAGUUUAAGCACACCGGACAGGAGGGUUAUGUCGAGAGCUACGAUCCUCGUUUCUCAGUGGCCUUCCUUGACCUCCGUGACCCCUUCUUUAAUACGUUGCCAUCGUCAUUGACUGGUUGUAGCUUCCAUCAUGGAUUCAGUACAGCCAUUGGGGCCUACAGCUCAAACAAAUUGAUCAUCAAGGAUAACAUUGUUCAUCAUACUAUUGGAGCAGGCAUCAUCAUCGAGGGAAGUGAAGAUAUCCUCCUAGAGCACAAUCUGGUGAUGCUAUCCAUCUCCAAGGCAACGUACCAAGACCGCUGGCAGGUGGAGAACUUAAACUGGUUUGGCAGCAUUACAUUUGACUCUGCAGACAAUCUUGUGAUGCGUGACAAUGCCGUAGCUGGUUCAGAGAAAGCAGGCAUCAUGAUGGAUGGAGAAGAGUGUGGGGUAGACUCUCGAUUCAGUCAGAACGUUGUACACUCGGCCUUACAGGGUGUGAUGUUGUUUAAAAGGAGCCAGCCACAAUGUUCCUCAGUGGCUAAUUUUCUCAUAUAUCGCUGCUAUCACUAUGGCAUAUAUGUCCAGAUUAAUUCCGAUCUUCAUGUGACCAACGUGACUCUAGCAGAUAACAAGAAUGCCAUCUGCCCGAUGUUCUACAGUCCACACGCCCUGACCCACAAGAAACAGGACAGACUCUUCCAACUCACUAACUCUGUCAUCAGCGGACAUAGCAGUAGCUUUGACUGUGAUUUGGAUGAGGUGGCCCCUGAAGUAGCUUCCUUUGAGAGCAAGCAGAGAGCUGAACUAACACCAGAAGAGGGCGUGGCUGGUCUUGUCCUCACCACAUACAUGUCUGCUCUGAACGGAGCUGCAUUCUUCGCUUUCAGGAGCAUCCAUAGCUACCCAUCCAUUGGCGGAAACAACCAAAUCUCUGAUGUGUCUUUCAUCAAUUUUGAUGACCACUGUGGAAGGCAGGGCCGCGUCUUCAUAACAAACGCAUUCAGCGAUGAUGCCACCCACCCGACUGAGGUUCAGAAUAUAAAUCUCAUCUCGACAAGCAAGGAGAGUCUAAUCUUUAUUCACAGACCACCCUUAAAUAAGGUGAACCCAUCGGACUGUGUGGACAUGGACUGUGAUGGUAUGAAGAAGACGCUCAUUCGUGAUCUUGACGGGUCCAUGCUGGGAUCCGUCGGAACGGUCGUCCCGGACUCUGCGUUUGAAUGGGACGGCGAUCAAAGGAGAGGACUUGGAGAUUACCGCAUCCCAAGGAUGGCUCUUACUGAUCAUAUCACUGGCGACCAAAUUGAUAUUGCUGAUAAAGCUCCAAAUAAAGGUAUUGUUGGAACCAGCAGCUCUGACUGUACCUGGACAGAGUCAUGGCAGGCCUUUGAAUGUCACAACCUAGACCACAUGAUGUUCAUGGUAGAGAGCAUGGAUGCUGACACUGAGACACGCAGGAUAUCCCCUGUGGCACUUCUCGCUGACGGCUAUGUGGACCUGAUCAACGGACCUCAGGACCAUGGAUGGUGUCUGGGGUACACCUGCCAGGAAAGGAUCUCCACCUUCAACACCCUGGUAGCCACAGGGUUAGAAUACGAGCUCUACUUCACAGGCACCAAUCCACAGGGACUCAGGCUUUAUUUCUUGAAUGCCGAUGACACACAGACCAUUGUGGUAGGUAUCUGGUAUGCUAAUCCACAAAGACUGGAUGUGUACAGCAACGAUGCCUACAUCCUUCCGAACAACGCUGAAUACGACAACAACAACAGGCUCACCUGGAAGAGGCCACAGACACCCCUCCAGUACCGUCCAACCGUCUCAUCCACCAUCAACGGGGAGAACUACUUUGCCCGAGACCGGCAAACGCUGUACUUGGUGGUGCGUGGCUCAAACAUCGUAGAGAUCAAGACGACCCCUGCUGUGAUCUUGACCUUUGGAGUGCCUUCCAUCGAUGUGGAUGAAUUCUUUGAGGAGAACCUGAGGAGCAACCUGGCCCAACUUCUCAACAUCAGCCCUGAAAACAUCCGAGUCGUGAACAUCAUCCGGGAAGACAGCAGGAGGAGGAGGAGAGCAGCGGGGGAAGCAGCCGUUGAAAUUGAGAUUGUGGCAGGGAACGCAACAUCAGCAAGCAACCAAACUAGUGCUGUGGAGGAGCUCCAUGAGAUUCAGGCUAUUUUAGUGACAGAGCAGCAGCAGGGAAACCUUGGAGCUAACCUAAACAUUACCAUCGACUCCAUGUCGAUGACCGACCCGGUGGAACCACCUGUUGACCCGACUGGUGGGGUCAAGGCUACUAAUGAGACCGGUGGGCCUGCCGAGGGAGAUGAGACAUUUUCUGAGCGACAAUUAGAGGUGGAUGCAGCGAGACAGGAAGAACUGAGCCAACCUGUCGUCUAUGUGACCCCUUCAAAUCUGGUAGUAGGAACCAGUCCUACAGAGGGCAGUGAGUACGCACCCUUCCCAACCCAACCCACGGUCAAAGUCGUAGAUCAAGAGGGUAACUUGGUGACAGCCCUCGGCCAUUCCUCAGACCCCUGGUUGGUGACAGCCACCCUAGCGGUGCGUCCAGCCGGCAGCACCGCGCAGCUCAUUGGCAACGUCACGCUUCCCUUUGAUGAGGGCUGGGCUAACUUCACCAAUCUGGCUAUCACAAAGCAAGGCAGUGGUUACGAGCUGGAGUUUGCCAUCACCCAUCCCCAGAGCACAACCGUCUCUUCUGCCAGGUCCACUGCUUUCCCCAUCACUCCUCGGCAGCUGACUGGAGCCCAAUCUCACAAGACAGGCACGGUGUAUGCCAAUGAAGCAUUCCAGGUUCUGGUUGAGGUCAGGGACGCUGCAUCAGGAGAGGUGGUCACAAACCUGAAGGAAUCGGGGUACAACACAUGGAAGGCUACUGCUUCACUGUACUUGCCAUCUAACUACCGUGGUCAGCUUGCAGGCCAGAAGACCGUGGCUGUUGACCUCUCGACAGGGGUCGCGACCUUCUCUGACCUGGUCCUUGACAUCACUGGCUACGGAUACAUUCUCAGUGUUGAUGUCUUCGCCGUCGACACACAAGAAUAUUCCUUCUCCGUUCAGCUCGAUCCAUUUGACGUCACUGCAAGGGAUGUAGUCCCACCAACUGGAAAAUCUGUUAUGAUCACCCUCCGCUUCGAUACUGAUUAUUCCGUUGUUGAAGGAAAGGAGAGUGCUUUUGUGACUAACUUCAGGAACAAGGUCGGCUACCGUUAUACAAAUGUAUCCCUUUCGGACUUCAAGGUAUCUAAAGGUUCCAUCUUGUUGACCUUCAACAUGGCCGGAGACACGGAGGGCACGGUGGAGGUGCUCUAUGACGACCUUCAGAAUGGUGAUAUCUUUGUGGUCUUUGAAGGAACCACUCUGGAAGCGGAUCCUGUCUUGCUUGUCAAUGGACAGGAACACACCAGGAAGGCCCCAGGAAGCCGUUUCCCUCUCUGGGCGAUCAUUGUUGUUGCAAUCAUUGGUUUCCUUAUGCUGGUCAUCAUCUUACUCGUCAUCUUCUUCAAGUGUUGUCUAAAGAAAGAUUCCAAGAUACAGCAGGUGGAGAGGUUGCCCCUAUCAAUGGUAGAUGGUAUUGAGAACAAGACCUACACUCCAACCAUUGUCAACCACACGUCUCUUGAUGUGAGUCCGACCGGGAGCCGGACUACUCUGCUCACUACCCAAGGGGUGGAGUGGGAUGAGAAGAAAAAAGGUCCCAAACCGAAAUCAAGCAAAGUAGACCGACCCAUGAACAAGCAGGUUCAUUUGUUGGCACAUGAGGGUGACUGUGCUUCCUUAUCUGGUAGCCGAUCACCUAACAGCCCCAGACGAACCCCAGAGAUUGAGGUGACUGCUUUACCUCCAGGAUUCACAGAAGGACAAAUAGAGAGGGAGAAAGAAGAUCGUACCGACAUGCCUGUCAACAUCAAGAACUCUGAUGGAACCUUUCAGAAGAUAGGUCAGGUAUCCACAAACAAAGUGGGCACGCUCAGUGACCUCCGACAUGACCUCAAGAAAUCCCACUCUCUGCCUCCAAAGGUCCAAGAGAAGCCGUUUGUGUUCCUGAAGGUAGAGGAUAUGGCAGACUAUGAGACAUUGGAAGAGAAGCGUGUAUCUGUCUCUGAAGCGUAUGGUUCAACUGGCGGCCUCAUCCUGAUUCGCUGGUACACUGAACAAGAUUCUACUGACCUGUGCGUAUGUGGUCUGGUUGGUCAGUUCCAAUGCUCUCUGUGUGAUAAGCAGUCUUACUGCAGUCCUCAAUGUCAAUCGACCGACUGGCCUCGACACACCAUGCCGUGCUCGGAGUGGACCAAACAAAGAAAGGACAUUAACCAAGAAUAGAAGGACCUUUGACCUUCUGGUUUCCUCUAGAGAUACUGUUCAUCCAAUGUAGGAUGUGAAUGGAAUACCAAGAUAAUAUUAUGAAAACUAGAAUUGAAAAAGCCUGAAGUCUUUCAAUUGAUAUAUUUUUUACUAUUUUUUUAAACCUAUGAUGGCGUAAUCUUGAAUGAUAUUUCAUUUUUCGUAUUGAUAUAUUGAUAUACAGGCAUACCAAGAUAAUACUAUGAAAACUAGAAUAGAUAAAACCUGAAGUCUUUCAAUUGAUAGAUUUUUACUAUUUUUUUCAAACCUGUGAUGGCGUAACCUUGAAUGAUAUUUCAUUUUUCAUAUUGAUAUAUUGAUAUACAGGCAUACCAAGAUAAUACUAUGAAAACUAGAAUAGAUAAAACCUGAAGUCUUUCAAUUUAUAGAUUUUUACUAUUUUUUUCAAACCUGUGAUGGCGUAGCCUUGAAUGAUAUUUCAUGUUCAACUAUUAAAUCUAUUUCAUUGAAAGAUAUGUAUAUAUAUAUGAAAGAGUUGUGAGGCUUUAGAUGAAAGAGAUAUGAAGAUAUAUAUGAAAGAGAUAUGA